UCAGAGCGUCCAUCUUGUCUUCCAGGUUGGGGCAGCCAGAGCUCCAAGGUUCAGAUCCAUCACAACACGUGGCUUCAUUUCCCCGGACACAACAUGCGGUGGAUCCUCACCUUCCUGCUGCUCUUCGUCCACGUGUGCGAGUUCGCAGAGGGCAUCGUCUCCAACACGACAAUGACCUCCAACCACCUCCAUCUCUUCAUGCCUGCCUUCAUGGGUUUCAUCGCUGCAACAACAUCGGUUGUUUACUACCACAACAUAGAGACGUCCAACUUCCCCAAACUGCUGCUGGUCCUCUUCAUCUACUGGGUGUUGGCGUUCAUAACCAAGUCCAUCAAGCUGUGGAAGUUUGCAGAGUUUGGCGUCUGGUUCCAGUACCUGCGGUUCUGCAUCACGGCCCUGUUGGUGAUCCUGUACGGACUGCUGAUGGCCGUGGAGAUCAACGUCAUCCGAGUCCGGAAAUACGUUUUCUUCACCAACCCGCAGAAGGUGAAGCCGCCGGAGGAUUUGCAGGAUUUGGGCGUCCGCUUCCUGCAGCCGUUCGUCAACCUGCUCUCUAAGGCGACGUAUUGGUGGAUGAACCCCCUCAUUAUCAGCGCCCACAAGAGGCCGAUAGAGCUGAAGAAGAUCGGGAAGCUGCCCAUCGCUAUGAGAGCGCUCACCAACUACCUGAGGCUGAAAGACGCCUACGAGGAUCAGAGGACGGGCGAAGAUCCGGACCGAGCGCCGUCCAUCUGGCGCUCCAUGUACAGAGCCUUCGGCCGGCCCAUCCUGCUCAGCAGCACCUUCCGGUACCUGGCCGACCUGCUGGGGUUCGCCGGGCCGCUCUGCAUCUACGGCAUCGUUCGCAACCUGGGUGACGACAACAACAACACGUCGGCCAACAAGAACAUGGUGAGCCGAC